AUGCAGGAGCUUGUGGAGGAGCUCGGCAUAUACAUGCUCUUCUUCGAUAGAGCCGGGUACGGUGAUAGUGAUGCCAACCUGAAGCGUAGUUUCAAGAGCGACGCCAUGGACAUCGAGGAGCUCGCCGACGCGCUGCAGUUCGGGGACAAGUUCUACGUGGUAGGGUGCUCCAUGGGCGGCUACCCAGCGUGGAGGAUAGCAGCUAUAGCAGCUUGCACAUCACCAUCUCCGUUCAGGCUGGCUGGAGUGGCUUUGGCUACGCCGGCGGUGAACUACUGGUGGUCGCUGUUAGAUUGA